UGGCAAAUGAGGGGCGAGGUGGAAAAAAAAGGAGGUUUAGCAGGGUCAUUCUUGAGUCUACCAGUCUACAGUCUACAGUCUAUAGUAUCCUCGUAUAUACCACCUUUCAGCAUGUCGAUCUCGACUCCAAAUAAAAGGUCAACGCCCCCCGAGUUACAGCCCCUUGUCAGCCGGACGACGGGCGGGACGACGCCGACAUCGAGCUCGUCGUUCAGCUCUUUCCGCGACAAGAUGGUGCGGGCGCUGAGUCCGAAUAGGGAUAGCGGCGGGGAGGUCAGAGGGGGGAGAAGGCCUAGCUGGGGAGCAACCAUGUCCCUAGCUGAAGAACGCGGCCGCCAGCCAGGCCAUGUCGUGUCCACAGGCCGCGGCGGCGCUGGCAACCUCGUAGCCCACGCCAUCCCCGACGACGAUUUCGUACCCGGUGCUGAACGCGGCCGUGAGCUGUCGCCACACCCAAACGCCAACGAGCAUGUGACCCGUUCUGGCCGCGGAGGCGCAGGCAACAUCCGUCCUUCCUCCCACUCACGCACCCGCGAGGACAUCAAGCAAGAGGCCGAGGAGGACGCGCUCCAGGAACAGCUCAUUGCCGAUGCGCGCGGUCGUCAGGCCGAGCAGGCGUUCUCCACCGGACGUGGUGGCGUUGGGAACAUCUCCAGGAGCAGGAGUAGGUCCAAGGCGAGGACGCCGAGGGGUGAGAGCUCGACUCGCCGAGAGACAAGUGCGCUUGGGCUCGGGAGGAGGACGACGAGGGACGCGGUCACCACCGGAAGGGGAGGGUUCGGCAACAUCUCGGAAGAAAAGGAGAAGAACUCGAUCGAGCUCGAAAAGGAGGCUGCCCGAGACCAGUACGAAGCCAAUGUCCUCGCCAAGUACACCACCAACGAAGCUGCCCACCCGCACGCAUACGCGACAGGUAAAGGCGGCGCCGGCAACGUCGUGACCCCUGCUGCUCACUCUGUCGAGCCUGAUGUAGCCGCUUUGAGCUUGGAGGAUAGGGAGGAGAGAGAGGCACAUGCCAAAGUGCAUGCCAACGAGACGGGGCAAUGGGUGCCUUCCGGAAGAGGUGGGGCCGGGAAUAUGCACCACCGCACCAAUGACAACUCGCAUUCCCCGGCGCAGGACGAACGUGGGCGUGAUGCCCACAAGGGCGGAGUGCUAGGUAACGUCCUAAGGAGCUUUAGUCGUGCCGCCGGACGAGACAAGAGCAGUGAAGGCCGAGCCAAGGACUGAUCCACGUUUUUCUUUUUUUUCUUUUCACAUUCUUGUUUCGAAUAUUGAUUUUUUCGGCCUGGCGUUGGCUUUUACCUGGUCAGUUUAUUAUAUAGGUUUACGAGACGCGAAAUAUUAUUGUGAUGUAUAUGUAUGAUCGGUAUAGAU